AUGGCCAUGAGCCCCUCGCUCCCUGGCCGCGCACCUUCAAGCCUUCUGCUCUUCGGCUACCUUCACCCCCCACAGCCCCCACACACACAGACAACCCUGGUCAUCACCAGGGACCCGGUGCUGCGCGUCUCCUCAUGCAUCCUCUCCGUCCUCCUCCUCGCUGUCUCCGUCAUCGACAAGAAGUCUGCUUGGUACGAGUCCCUCAUCACCAUCGUCAUCAUCGUCAUCAUCGUCAUCGUCACCACCACCACCACCAGCAUCAGCAUCAGCAUCACGUACAUCAUCAACAUGCUGCUCUUGCCGCCCUCCCCACCCCUCCCCAAUCUUGCUCAACCCAUCUCCCCCGUCCCGGCCGCCCGACACGCGAAAGCGCCUGCUCAGGGCAUCGGGCCGUACGCCCGCGUCGCCAUCUCCGGCAUGCCGGCAGCCCACUUUACCAUCGCCUCACCUCGGUCGCUGCCGCUUCCCUCGCAGUACGAGGUCGGCGUACCUUCUGCGCGCAUACCUGCUCGAAGACCUCAGUACAAGGGCGACCGCACCGGCGGCCUGUCGCAGGCGACCAUCGAGUGCUACACGGACAUCGCGGAGUGCGUUGCCGCCCCGUGGGUGCAGGUCGUCUCGGCGGACGGCGUGAGCCUCGCGUACCCCGGCACGUACUGCCUCCACGGGUGCGACCCGCACGACAGCAGGCUCGAGCCGUCCUGCAACUCGACUGGCUACCCCGUCCGGUGCGAGCACGAGUGGUGCUACGUCGACCCGGCCGCGUGCAACACCGGGUACAGCACGGCCGCGUACGUGGUGGGCGCCACCCCGCACUACUUGUGCCCCGCCGAUGCCGCCGCCGCCGCCGCCGCCGCCGCCCUCGCCGCCGCCCUCGCCUCCGCCGCCCUCGCGUCGCCGUCGCCGCCGCCCUCGCCGCCGCUCGUCUGCCCGUGCCUCACCGCCUACCCGGCCGGCGUCAGCCUCGUGAGCGCCGAGGUGCAUGUCGUCGCGGCGGACGGCGUGAGCCUCGCGUACCCCGGCACGUACUGCCUCCACGAGUGCGACCCGCACGACAGCAGGCUCGAGCCGUCCUGCGACUCGACCUGCUACCCCGGCUGGUGCGAGCACGAGUGGUGCUACGUCGACCCGGCCGCGUGCAACACCGAGUACAGCACGACCGCGUACGUGGUGGGCGCCACCCCGCACUACUUGUGCCGUGCGUGCGGCUUCAGCAACGAGUUCGAGAGCUGGUUCUACCAGCCGCCGAUGCCGCCGCCGCCGCCGCCGCCGCCGCCCUCGCCGCCGCCCUCGCCUCCGCCGCCCCUCGUGAGCGCCGAGGUGCAUGUCGUCGCGGCGGACGGCGUGAGCCUCGCGUACCCCGGCACGUACUGCCUCCACUGGUGCGACCCGCACGACAGCAGGCUCGAGCCGUCCUGCGACUCGACCUGCUACCCCGGCUGGUGCGAGCACGAGUGGUGCUACGUCGACCCGGCCGCGUGCAACACCGAGUACAGCACGACCGCGUACGUGGUGGGCGCCACCCCGCACUACUUGUGCCGUGCGUGCGGCUUCAGCAACGAGUUCGAGAGCUGGUUCUACCAGCCGCCGAUGCCGCCGCCGCCGCCGCCGCCGCCGCCCUCGCCGCCGCCCUCGCCUCCGCCGCCCUCGCGUCGCCGUCGCCGCCGCCCUCGCCUCCGCCGCCCUCGCGUCGCCGUCGCCGCCCUCGCCGCCGCUCGUCUGCCCGUGCCUCACCGCCUACCCGGCCGGCGUCAGCCUCGUGAGCGCCGAGCCGCCGAUGCCGCCGCCGCCGCCGCCGCCGCCGCCCUCGCCGCCGCCCUCGCCUCCGCCGCCCUCGCGUCGCCGUCGCCGCCGCCCUCGCCGCCGCUCGUCUGCCCGUGCCUCACCGCCUACCCGGCCGGCGUCAGCCUCGUGAGCGCCGAGGUGCAUGUCGUCGCGGCGGACGGCGUGAGCCUCGCGUACCCCGGCACGUACUGCCUCCACGAGUGCGACCCGCACGACAGCAGGCUCGAGCCGUCCUGCGACUCGACCUGCUACCUCGGCUGGUGCGAGCACGAGUGGUGCUACGUCGACCCGGCCGCGUGCAACACCGAGUACAGCACGACCGCGUACGUGGUCGUCGCGGCGGACGGCGUGAGCGUCGCGUACCCCGGCACGUACGGCCUCCACGGGUGCGACCCGCACGACAGCGGGCUCGAGCCGUCCUGCAACUCGCCCGGCUACCCCGUCCGGUGCGAGCACGAGUGGUGCUACGUCGACCCGGCCGCGUGCAACGCCGAGUACAGCACGACCGCGUACGUGGUGGGCGCCACCCUGCACUACUUGAGCCGUGCGUGCGGCUUCCGCAACGAGUUCGAGAGCUGGUUCUACCAGCCGCCGCCGCCGCCGCCGCCGCCGCCGUCGCCGCCGCCCUCGCCGCCGCUCGUCUGCCCGUGCCUCACCGCCUACCCGGCCGGCGUCAGCCUCGUGAGCGCCGAGGUGCAGGUCGUCGCGGCGGACGGCGUGAGCCUCGCGUACCCCGGCACGUACUGCCUCCACGGGUGCGACCCGCACGACAGCAGGCUCGAGCCGUCCUGCGACUCGACCUGCUACCCCGGCUGGUGCGAGCACGAGUGGUGCUACGUCGACCCGGCCGCGUGCAACACCGAGUACAGCACGACCGCGUACGUGGUGGGCGCCACCCCGCACUACUUGUGCCGUGCGUGCGGCUUCAGCAACGAGUUCGAGAGCUGGUUCUACCAGCCGCCGAUGCCGCCGCCACCGGCGCCGCCGCCGCCACCGCCGCCGCCCUCGCCUCCGCCGCCCUCGCGUCGCCGUCGCCGCCGCCCUCGCCUCCGCCGCCCUCGCGUCGCCGUCGCCGCCGCCCUCGCCGCCGCUCGUCUGCCCGUCGUCGCGGCGGACGGCGUGAGCCUCGCGUACCCCGGCACGUACUGCCUCCACGAGUGCGACCCGCACGACAGCAGGCUCGAGCCGUCCUGCGACUCGACCUGCUACCCCGGCUGGUGCGAGCACGAGUGGUGCUACGUCGACCCGGCCGCGUGCAUCACCGAGUACAGCACGGCCGCGUACGUGGUGGGCGCCACAGCACUACUUGUGCCGUGCGUGCGGCUUCAGCAACGAGUUCGAGAGCUGGUUCUACCAGCCGCCGAUGCCGCCGCCGCCGCCGCCGCCGCCGCCCUCGCCGCCGCCCUCGCCUCCGCCGCCCUCGCGUCGCCGUCGCCGCCGCCCUCGCCGCCGCUCGUCUGCCCGUGCCUCACCGCCUACCCGGCCGGCGUCAGCCUCGUGAGCGCCGAGGUGCAUGUCGUCGCGGCGGACGGCGUGAGCCUCGCGUACCCCGGCACGUACUGCCUCCACGAGUGCGACCCGCACGACAGCAGGCUCGAGCCGUCCUGCGACUCGACCUGCUACCUCGGCUGGUGCGAGCACGAGUGGUGCUACGUCGACCCGGCCGCGUGCAACACCGAGUACAGCACGACCGCGUACGUGGCGACCGGCGAAGGUUCUACACGCGUCGGCCGACCUUCCUCCUCCCUCGACCUCGCCCUCGCCGCCGCCACGGGGUCCGCCACCUCCCUCGAGCUCGCCGGCGCCACCCGCCCCUCCGCCGCCCACGCCGCCGCCUCCCUCCACCUAGCCCUCGGCGCCACCCACGCCGCCGCCGCCUUCCACCUCGCCCUCGCCGCCGCCAACGGCUCCGCCGCCUCCCUCGACCUCGCCCUCGCCGCCGCCACCCGACCCCCUCCCUCCCCACCGCCACGGCUGCGCGCGCCGCUUUCGCCGCCGCUGCCCGCGCCCCCGCCGCCGCUCGUGCCGCUGCCUCCGACCUCCGCCUCCGACAUCGCAAGUUGUCCGCCGCCUCCUCUGCCACAACCCGUUUCUGCCGUCAGCUUCGUCUCCAUCAGCCCCUUCGUCGCCGGAGCGAUCCCACCGCUCACCGACUUUGUCCCCCGUGCGGCUGCGGCCAUCGAGGAGCCGCGAAACGCGUCGCUGCGGCCCAUUGUCCACCCAAACCCCCGCGCGAUCCCGGCAAGAGAGCGACACAGCCGCCUCGCACCGCCGCCCGGCUCCAUUCCGAGCGCCGUGGACGCGCGAGAGAGAGAUCGCGGGCGGAGCGCCGCCGCGCCCAUUGCGCUCCCGCGACUCAUGAGCCCGCGCCCCGCUCAUCCCGUGUAUGCUGACUCUCGCCCGCUGUCGCUUGCGUCCUCGCAGAUCCAAAACAACGUGCGAAUCAAAUCGAUCAACAUCAUGUCAGAGAACGAAACAGUGAAGGUCGGCAUCUUGCCGGUCGAAGACGGCCUUAUCAAGGCGGUCGUCUUCUCCGCGUCGAAGCCGCCUUCGCUCCUCGGAGACAAGGCGGCGUACGGCGCCAAGAACGACGUGAAGGGCGCCAAGUCUGACGCGGAGGCCGUCCUCGACGAGAGCGUCCUCAAGAAAGACCUGGCCGCGGCAACGGCGCCCGCCGCGGAGGUCGAGUCGGACCUGGCCAAGGCCAUGUUUGCCGCACAGAAGCCGAGCGCGAGCGCCGUUUUCUGGUCGCUGUCCAAGUUUGCGCGCCCGACCGACCCGACGACGGACCCCAACGGCGUCACCACAAACGCGCCGGCUCUCAAGCCGGUCACCGAAGACGCGCCGGCUCUCGAGCCGGUCGCCGCCAGCGGCACGCCGCUGCCGUCGAGCGAGGAGGGCAACGCCGACUGGACCGUCUCGGCCAAGGACUCUCCGCCAGCGGAGAAGCUCGCCCCGGCGGGCAUCGACGAGUGGAAGACCGCCUCCCCGCUCCGCAAGCUCGAGCGCAAAGGCGAGCCCAACCUGGUCGACUGCUCCAAGAACACCACCCCGAUUGACCCACCGACGGCUCCCAAUGGCGUCACCAAAAGCGCCCCGGCUCUCACGCCAGUGGCCGCGCCGCUGCCGUCGAGCGAGGAGGGCGACGCCGACUGGACCGUCUCUGCCAAGGAGGCUCCAGGGAAGAAGCCCGCCACGGUGGGCAUCCCCGACUGGACCACCCCGUCGAACCCGCGCCGCAAGAAGGGGCGCAAGGGCAGGUCUGCCCCGAUCGUCCGCACCAAGAGCAUCGCCCCGGUCGGCGGCAACAACCGGUUCGCGGCCCUGCUCGGAACGAACGGCAACGAGGGCAUCCUCGGUGGCACCGGCAAGGGCGCGACGGUCGACAUCGAGACGACCACGAUUACCACGCCGGAGGGCUCCGUCUCUGCCUCCGGCUGGUUCUCUUGGCCCAAGUUCUGCCCGUCCUACUUGCUCCGCCUCUUUGGCAUCCUCGCGCUGCUCUGCCUCGGAACCGCGUUUGCGCUCUCCUCGUACUCUGCCACCUCCGCGCUUCUCUCCUCGCAGUGGCACGAGUCCCCGACUUCCUUUCCCGCAGUCACAACGCCGAUCGCGCCGGCAUCGCUUAACGGCUUCUGCGAGAUUGGCGGCGACGACACCAGCUCGUUUGCUGCCAUCGCGUCGUCGGACAGCGUGCCUGCCAACCACCCGGGCGGACGCGACGAGGGGCGCUUGCUGGAAGGACUGCUGGAAGACGUCAAAGAGGCGGUGGGCGAGCCGUUGCGCGUGCUUGGCGAGCCGCCGGCGUCCAUCAUCAAGGACGUUUACGAGAAGCAGCCGGGCGAGGCCGACUUGGAGACCGUCCUAGCCUCGCGCAACAGCACGGAGCGCAAGGGCGAGCCCGAGAUCGACUUUGUCGGUCCCGUCUACAGCAACAGGACGGGGAUCAUCGCUCGGGGGCGCGACACCGUCCUGCCCGUGAACGACACGUCGCCCAAGUUGCGGCCCGCCGACGCUGGGAAGCCCGGAAGCAAGGCGCGGAAGCUUGUUGAGGCUGGCCUCGCUGGGGCCUCCGUGCUGCUCGUCUCGCGCAAGAAGGCGUUCGACGCCGCCGUCCGCAUGGGCGCCGCAGCGCUAGUCGUCGGCAAAGCGGUUGCCACUCCCACAGAUCCGCCGCCGCCGCCGUCCCUUGCGCCGCCGUCCCCGCCGCCGUCGCCGCCGCCGGCGCCACCGCCCAAGGUGCUGGUCCAGUUCGCCGUCACCAGCGGCUCCAGGUGCGCCGAGAAGCUGCCGUACGGCCCGGAGCCGUCCAAUUUCGCGACGUCGACCUCGCCGCUGGUCUGCACCGACUGCGUCACCGACACGACCGACACGUGGGAGCAGGAGUUCUACUGCGACGGCAGCACUGGCCCCGACCUGACGCUCGAGUACAAGUUCGACACGGACCGCACGAUCGGCGCCACCCUCGCCGCGGCCAACUUGGGCGGCAUCCCCGUCACAUGGUCCGCCUCGGGCUCGCUCCUCAGCAGCCCCGUCACCAUGAGCGGCACGUGGGUCGGCACCUCGACCACCGUGUACUGGACCGGCUCCGUCGGCGCCUCCGGCUCGGCUCUGGCCUCGGACGACUUCGCGUGGAUGGGCGGCAGCGGCGUGAUCAUCGACGGCGACCAGCAGGACACGGUCCCCGGCUCCACCGGCGUCUGCUCGGGCACGGGCGUCUACGGCCAGUCGAACUGCAACAUGUUCGACAGCAGCAGCAGCAGCAGCUGCAGCACCCUGUACUACGGCUCGUCGUCCAAGUCGUGCUCGAGCAUGAUCACCCGCGUGUACGCGCGCGCCGGUCCCAAGCCGCCGCCGCCGCCGCCUCUGUCACCGUCCCCGCUUCUGCCGCCGCUCCCCCCCGGCUUUGUCGCCGCGGCGAGCGAGGCCAAGCUCCGCUCCCUGAUCGAGGAGGCUACUUCUACUGCGGCCGACGUCUCAAUCUACCUGCCGCCCAGCUCGGUGCUGUACCUGUUCAACAUCGAACAAACCUCGAUCAGCGACGCCUCCUUCACCGGCAACACCGCUGGCGACGGUGUCACGAUACAGCCUCUCAACUCGCCGAUAGACUGGGACUGCCGCUUGGGCAGCUGGAUGCCGCACAAAGGCGCCUUUUUCCGCGACUUCAGCGUCCCCGAGUGCAACCAGUGCCGCCUCUUUGGCGGCAAUGCCGAGGCCGGCGAGACGCGGUGCGCCGGCAGCGAGCCGGUGGCGAGAAAGGCCUCUCGCCGCCGGAGGAUGGUGGAGGCGGGCUCGGACGCGUACUGCGCUUCGGACUUCAAAGGGCCCGAGUGCCGGCUCUGCGCUGCGCCAGACCACCACCUCGUCGACGGUGACACCUGCGAAGUAUGCGCUCCGCGCGCCGCCGCUGUGGGCCGCAUCGUAGGCCUCGUCCUCGGCCUCUGCGUCGCGUGCGGCUUGGCGGCUUGGGCCUACCACAUGCCGUGGCGGAAGAAGCGCAUCAUCGGCUGUCUCCUCCGCUUUGCAGACCGCUCCGUCAAGUACUACGUCGGGGUCGGAAUGACGGCCAAGGUCAAAAUCCUGUUCGGCUUUUACCAGAUCAGCACCGUAUUGUCCUCCACCUACUCCGCGCGGCUGCCAAACAAGUACACGGGCUGGACGGACAACUUGGCCAACGUGAUCUCCGUCGACUGGUCUGGCUUUUUCCUGCCGGAGCAGUGCCUCGGCUACGCUCUGCGGCUCCUCGCCAUCGCCCUCUCCCCCGUCGCCCUCAUCGCCCUGCUAAUGGUUGCGGGAAUAAGUCUGCGGCUCUACCGCUGGCGUGCUGCCCCGCCGCCGCGCGAGAGAGCGUGGUACGCGGAGGCGGCCCUCGGCCUCCUCGACCUCACGCCGGCGGGCCUGGCCUACACCAUCUCUCCGCCAAACGAGCCCCUGCGGCAGGUCUCCUACAUGCGGCAGGACGCGAGCGUCGAGUGCGGCUCCGACGAUCACGGACCCAUCACCGGCCUCGCCAUCGGCUUCAUCGUCCUCUGGCCCGCCGGCUCGCUGGUCCUCUUCACGUCGCUCCUCGCCGCUUGCUACAAGCCGCUGCAGGCCAAGACGCCGAAUGCUCUGACGCGGGCCACCGCCUUCCUCCACCGGGAGUACGAACAAAAUUGGUACUGGUGGGAGGCGGUCGAGCUGGCGCGCAAGCUCGUGCUGACCGGUUUCGUGCUUCUGAUACCGGAGGAGCGAGCCUUUGUUCGCCUGGUGGUGGCGACGCUCAUCUGCUCAUGCUACGCCGUCGCGCUCGCCGUCGUGCGGCCGUACAAGCGGGUCGAGGACAACGUCAUCGCCGUCGCCACGAGCCUCGUGCUCCUCCUGCUCUUCCUCGGCACCAACUGGAGCACCAUCUUCCUCGGCAUCCAGGAGCGCUCCGGGAUCGAUGAUGCCAAUGCAGUCCUCGGCUUCCGCAGCCUCAAUGUGAUUGUCGACUCGAUGAUCAUCCUCGUUGCAGUCGUGCUCGCCUUCUUCCUCGUCGGCGCCAUCGUCGCCGCCCGCCGCGUCGCCAAGGUCCCCACGAUCCGCCUCGUCUCGACCAAGCAGCCCCCCGAGAUGAGCAUCGGGACUGGCCUCACGUGGCACCUCUUCAACAGCCACAUCUGGUCGACCGGUCAAGACGCCGUAAAGGUAGAUGAUCUAAAAGACAUCGGGGCGCUGGAGGAGUACAUCCAGAGCUCGCAGGUCAUCCUCUUCUUCCUCUCGCAGGGCUACUUCCGCUCCAAGGCUCGCCUCUUCCUCCCACCCCGCCUCUACCGCACCCUGGCCCCAAGAACUGCCGCCUCGCCCGCGCCACAGAACUGCCUUCGAGAGAUUCGCUCGUCGCUCGAGAAGGACAAGCCGCUCGUCCUCGUCCAAGAAGCGGACCCUGCAAAGGGCGGCGGGACGCUGCAGGCGCUGCGCGACGAGUGCCCCGAGGACCUGCAGCCGGCCAUCUUUGACGAGGACUGGCCGCUCACGAUCUGGUAUCGCAUCGAGGAGUUUCAGCUCGUCUCCCUCAAGAUCAUCGCCGAGGCGCCGCCGGCCACAGCCAGCCGCUACGCAGUCCUCUCCGUCUCCCGACCGACCCCACUGGAACCACAGGCGGUGCUCCUCUGUUCGCCCAACUUUCUGGACAAGACCUCCCUCCCGCUCUGCGUGUCGGGCGAGCUCGAGAGCGAGUCGCUCGCCUUUUCCAAACCGUGCACGCUCUGGGCCUCGCCUGCCAACGCGGGCGCUCUGGAGCUGGCCACCGAGAUCGCCACCGCCGUUGCCGGUCUCACGAUCUCCACCACUGAUGAUCGACCGGCCAGCGCGACGCACAUGCUGCUCUACCUCAACGAGGAGAGCUUCGUCAGCGACGGGGAGCGGCUGGCCGAGCAGGUCAAGCAGGCGCGCCAGGACAGGCUGAAGAUCGUCAUGGCGCACGAGAACGACCCCGCGCUCGGCGGCUGCCAGUUCUCGAGGUUUUUCGAAGAGCUCAUCGCUGGCGGACUCUACACGGACCUGGCAAAAUCGUGCUUCCCCGGCCGCCACCGCAAGGCGCGCGCCCUCUCUCUCUCACAGCGAGCUCUCCCCCGCAUCGAGCGUUUCGUGAAGAGGGGCGUCCCUGGCAGCACCAGCCUCGCGAAGCGCAGCCUUGGCGGCCUCAGCCGGGUGUUCGCCAAGAUGAGCAGCCGCAGCUCUGCGGAGGCGCGCGACGUCUCUGCAGGCGAGGCGUCGUCGGUGCAGCACCAGGUCUGA